UUAGCCUGCAGAAUUUAGAGCCUAUGAGCUGAAACCCUUUUUUUUUUCCCCCUGUCUGUUCUUCCCUUUCAGUUCCUAACUAAUUUCCUUUCUCUUUAGAAGGGAUCAUACAGCUAUAACAGUGAUUUCUUUGCCUUCAAUCUAUGGUUAGUUUACCAACAUGGUACUGAGUGCACCAGCUUUUAGAUUCCCAGUUUUCACUUAGAGUUUAAAAUCACCUUACCUGCUGCAAAUUCACAUAUAUCCCAUGUUCUCUGACCCACUGGUUGAUCUGGCCAUGCUGUUAUUUCCGAGCUGGGGUACGUUGGAGUGGUUUACAAGGCUGUAGGAAGAACCAAACCAGAAGCCUGAGAACAGAAGAAGCUUUACAUACAUCAGCGUAAGAACGCUCCAUGUUUUAGGCUGAUGGGAGCUUGACAUACAAUGUAAAAAUCAUCUAUUAAUAUAGUAACAUCUUAAUCUGCAACAUAUUAUAUGCAUAGACUUGGAUUACUCUGGUUUUCUGGAGAUACUCAAGCACUGCUCCAGUCGAUUUCAUUAUGUCAUGAACAGAAAACAGAAUGAAAUAGCCUUGUGCUAUUUUAGUUGGAAAUUCUAGUACUAACAGAAUUAAACUUGAGUCACUAUAUCCCAACAAGUAAUCAAAUAGACAUUUUCACACUGCAAAUGUAAAAUAUCUCCUAUGAGCAUGUGAAUUGGGGGCAGACUUCUUUGGAAAGCCUUCACCCUAAAGAGUCGGGAGAAAAGGCCAGUCUUGGGAGGAAGGGGAAGCCAUUCUAUUCUUCCAGAGGCUCCACAGUGCAGGUCCCCAGGAAUGUGACCGUUGGUCAAUAAAGCCAUGUCCUGAUUACAGGAAUAUCUGGUCCCCAACCAGCUGGUGUCAGUGACAUCAUGCGGUGAGAGCAUCUUAUAGCUGUUGCUUUCAUUUCAAUGAUAACAUCACAGUCUACACCUAAUGUACUUCCCAUAAUUUGUGGAAAAUCAGGUUGUUACAAGCUCUAUCCAUUCCAGGGAUAGAAACUCAAUUAAUUGCUCAUUGCCCCCAAAAAUAUUCCAAGAGAAAACUAUUCAUUUGAUGGGAAUAGCCCCACGUUCAUGUGAGUGGUCCUUUGCACAUCAGAGAACGUCACCCAAGAGUAAGGAACACAAGAGGUCCCACCAACAUCCCGCAGGGGGCAGGUGGUCUACACGAGGGGAGUUAUCUACUCAGGUUACUUUCCUUGGGAUAAAAAUUAUCCCACUUCGAAAUAGACUUAUUGGCCUUACCUGAAAGGAAGAAAAAAAUACCACCAUCACCUCCCCUCUUCUCCCUAACAGCAUCUUUCCUGCUUUAUCACUUUAGGGUAUAAUUAUUAAAUUUAAUAUUUCUCUUCCCAAACAAUGAAGUAGGGUGAUGGAUAUUUCAGAUGUAUAACCUCCCUCAGUAAGAUCUGAAGGGUUAGUAAAGGCACACUGAUGUGGUACCCACACCAGGGGUUACCUUGGUAAGCUUAAGGUUUGACCUCUUAAGGGCAAACCUUCCAGAGGUUCCAAAGUCCCCAGCCAGCCAGAACAUUCCAUCCUUAAGGAAAAUCCGACUUUAAAGGUCAAUUAAAAUUGAGACAGCCAAGGCUUCUGUCUCUUGGCCUAGCCAGAUCAGUCUGAAAAACAUGCUUGAUCUGGUUCAUUCGAUGCAUCCAGCCAAACCAUAAGGACUCAGAAGUGUUGCAACUCAUUAAUAAGGCAGAUCCGCCAACGAGCCUGAUGGAUUCUUUUUUUCAACGCUGCCUCUAAUCUGUUCUUGUCCUAUUGACCCCGUCACACUAGGAAAAAAAUAAGGGGCGGGGAAGGGUUUUUUAAAAAACUCAUUGUUUAUAUUAUUGUUCAUCAGGUAUUUCUCUUUGAACACAUUUAUUUUGUGAGGGUCACCUGAUCUAGUAAACCACUGGAAAAUCAGAAACUUAGAUGAAAAACAUUUAACGCAAACAUGCUGAUGUGAAUACAGAACCCUGAUCCACAUCUGUGUUCUAGGGGCCUUGGUUUUAAUUAGCUCAUUUAGCACUUUUCUUUUGCCCUUUGGCCUUUACUGGGCUGCCUUUCUAUUUCCAUGAUUGAUUUUCCUGGAAAAACUGUGUCUUCUGACAUAACCUAGGAAGAAUGGGCAAGUCAUCAUAUACGAUUUGUUCACAAACCCAAAUUAGUCUAUUUUAUAAUUAACCACCACCAAAAAACUUGCCAAAGAGGCCGUGAGAGGCACGAUGCCUUUCCCCCUAUGGCCCUUGGCUAGGUCCUCUUUUUGCAGUGUGCAGAAGCAAUUUCCCAGGUUUCUCUAAAGAUAGAAUGGGAAGAUGGCAAUGCUGCCAAGUGCUUGCCAUUUGGAAAGAAGAAAACAAUAGAGUAAGCGAAAGAGGUAUAGUAGGGUCUUCAUUUUCUAGGCAAUGACACUUUCACACUUCUGGUUGGUAACCAGUUCAUCACAACCAAAGGAUCCCUGCUCCGUGUCCUGCAUCCCUGGAGAAGGACCAAUGGGGCGAUGCCUUUGCUGCUUAGACUUAGUGCUGAAAACUGAUCCGGGUGCCCGGUCCAGGCGGAGGCCCCAGGGGCAUCAGCUCACAGAUUAACACCUUAUGAAAUUGAAUUCCCUGUCCUGUGUCUAUGCGGGAGGGGAGGUAGGAGGCAGCAGACACUCGCAAUUAACAUACAAGCAUCCACGUGCCACGUCCUCAUUUGACUUUUGCGGCACAAAACUACGUGACACCGCUCUAUGUCUCCUGGUCCGUUGUCGCCCCGCAAUGCAUCAGCUGCACCAGCUGCUUUGCUUUCUAAUUGUGGCUUCCACGUGACCGCCACUCUAGGUUAGGAGUUAUGCUGUAUGGGAUAACCCUUCCAAAUCUGCAUCCACCUUUCCUCCCACCCCAGCACUUCCUCCCUCUGGUUUUCUUUUAUGUAUUUAUUUUUCCUCCCUUAGUACCAGGCAUGCUGUGCCAGGGACUUCAGAUUGCUCCUUCACUUCUUAACCUUGUUUUCCCUCCUACCUGGCUUCCUCCCUCUCUCCGUCAUUCUGUCAGCCCGUCUGUCCUGUCCGUUUGUUUCUUUUCCACUUCCAACACUUUUGGUUUGUUUUUGUAUAAUCUCUGCAGCAUUCUGGUCUCUUACUUCUUUCUCUUCCUCCUGUUAAUAAUAAUCAGUGCUCUUAUUAAUUUGAUUUGACAAUGUUCCUGACCUGUUAACUGGAAUUUGAUUACCAUGGGCUUGGCUUGUAGGAAAUGUUUUGUUUAAUGAUAAAGUCUACUGUAUCAUAGAAAUUACAUUGCAUUUUUUCAUUUCAAGAAGACUUCCAGCGACUUGCCCUCUCUCAGCAGAGAAAAAAAGUGUGGUUGCUGAGACAGAGAAUGUAAACUGAAAAUGUUCCAUAAGGCCCCAUGUUGAUGUCCAGAUAAGAGACCUUCAUCGAAGCGGAGGAGCUCUACCAGAAGAGGGUGCUCACCAUCACCGGCAUCUGCAUCGCGCUGCUUGUGGUCGGCAUCAUGUGUGUGGUGGCCUACUGCAAAACCAAGAAGCAACGGAAAAAGCUUCACGACCGGCUUCGGCAGAGUCUUCGCUCUGAACGAAACAACAUGGUGAACAUAGCCAACGGGCCCCAUCACCCCAAUCCACCCCCCGAGAACGUGCAGCUGGUGAAUCAAUACGUAUCUAAAAAUGUCAUCUCCAGCGAGCAUAUUGUCGAGAGAGAGGCGGAGACGUCUUUUUCCACCAGUCACUACACUUCGACAGCUCAUCACUCCACUACUGUCACCCAGACUCCCAGUCACAGCUGGAGCAACGGACACACUGAAAGCAUCAUUUCAGAAAGCCACUCUGUCAUCGUGAUGUCAUCUGUAGAAAACAGUAGGCACAGCAGCCCUACUGGGGGCCCAAGAGGACGUCUUAAUGGCUUGGGAGGCCCUCGCGAGUGUAACAGCUUCCUCAGGCAUGCCAGAGAAACCCCUGACUCCUACCGAGAUUCUCCUCAUAGUGAAAGGUAUGUAUCAGCAAUGACCACCCCGGCUCGUAUGUCACCUGUAGAUUUCCACACGCCAAGCUCCCCCAAAUCGCCCCCUUCGGAAACGUCUCCACCCGUGUCCAGCACGACGGUGUCCAUGCCCUCCAUGGCAGUCAGUCCCUUCGUGGAAGAAGAGAGACCCCUGCUUCUUGUGACACCGCCAUGGCUGCGGGAGAGGGAUGUCCAGCACGUUCAGCAGUUCAACUCCUUCCACUGCAACCCCGCGCACGAGAGCCACAGCCCACCCCCUAGCCCCUUGAGGAUAGUGGAGGAUGAAGAGUAUGAAACGACCCAGGAGUAUGAACUGACUCAAGAGUCGGUUAAGAAACUCACCGACAGCCGGCGGGCCAAAAGAACCAAGCCCAAUGGUCAUAUUGCCCACAGAUUGGAAAUGGACAGCAACACAAGCGCUGAGAGCAGUAACUCAGAGAGUGAAACAGAGGAUGAAAGAGUAGGAGAAGAUACACCUUUCCUGGGCAUACAGAACCCCCUGGCAGCCAAUGUUGAGGCAGCCCCUGCCUUCCACCUGGCUGACAGCAGGACUAACCCAGCAGGCCGCUUCUCUCCGCAGGAAGAAUUGCAGGCCAGGCUGUCCGGUGUAAUCGCUAACCAAGACCCUAUUGCUGUAUAAAACCGAAAUAAACCCAUAGAUUCACCUGUAAAACUUUAUUUUAUAUAAUAAAGUAUUCCACCUUAAAUUAAACAAUUUAUUUUAUUUUAGCAGUCCUGCAAAUAGAAAACAGGAAAAAAAAUCUUUUAUAAAUUAAAUAUAUGUAUGUACAAAUGUGUUAUGUGCCAUAUGUAGCAACUUUUUACAGUAUUUCCAAACGAGAAAGAUAUCAAUGGUGCCUUUAUGUUAUGUUAUGUCGAGAGCAAGUUUUGUACUGUUCCCGUGAUUGCUUUUUCACAGUAUUUCAGCAAACCCUCUCCCACCCCGCAUAUUCCGUUUCUGCUGGCUUCUUGUGCGUUGCAUUAUGACGUUGACUCGAUGUAUGAUUUACAGGAUUUGCAACUGUCCCUCUGUCCGCUUCAAGUAGUUCUCGAUCAGUACGUCUUGUAAUGGCACAUCCAUCCAAAUACUCCCCUUCUGUGUGAAAUAUUCUUUUGCUUUCAGUAUAUGAAAUGAGUUGUGUCUACGACUCUGCCAGCCAAAGGUCUGCUUCACUGGGCUCUGAGAUAAUAGUAGAUCCAGCAGCAUGCUACUGUUAAUUACAGCAGGAAACUGCAUUAAGUCAUGUUAAAUAUUAGGAAGAAAGUAAUAUUGUGAUUUUUUUUUUUUCAAAAACUGUAUGAUUCAUCAGAAGACAGCUUGCUUGACAAAAGGAGCUACCAUUUACUUUAUUUUGAUUGAUUUUUUUUCUCGGCCAAAAAAAAAAGCAAGUUUUCGGGAUAGCAGAGAAAAUGGGUUCUGGCUACUGAUCAGGGUAAAAUCCAGCCCCUAAGGCGAGGAUCGGUUUCACCUUCUCUCUCUGGGGGAAUGAUACAGCGGCUCAUCUAGCUGAAGAGCAAACCAUGGCUGGAAAAGGUGCAAUCGUUCCUGACUUGUGUUUUUUCACUGAUUUUGGAGCUAGGGACCGGUUGUGUCUUCUUGGCUCAAGGACAGACAUAUUAUGGCACAAAAACCCCAGCUUCAACAGCACACUCAGCAAUUUGUCUGAAGUACUUCUAGAGUGAAAUGUGCCUGCUGUACAUACUGGUGACGUCAUCGUAGGGAAAUUCUUCUUAGACUGUCUAGAGGAGUGAAUACAUAGAAGACACGGGGGAGAGCAGCUGUGUGACUUGGUUAGUAAUUUUUAAGUUUUUUUGACCAUUCCUUUGUCCUCAUUACGUUUCUCUCAUUUUUCAAUGUUGCCUUGAUUAAGUCAUAACUAUGCAUGAACAUUUUUGUCAGGAAUGGCCAGUGUGCAUGUGAUUUCUGAUUAGUAAGAACCUCCUACGAGUGAUGAUUCAUCAGGAAAUGGCAAUAGUCUUGGAAAGAUUGCACCUUUCCAUGCAGAAAUGACUCCCACCUGUGUGCUAACCUCUCUGUUUACAGCUGUAUCACCCGUUUUCCCCCUUUCUUACUUUUUUGCUUUACUGUCACAAAAACAGGAUUAAGAUGGAUCUAUACUUUGCACGUUCACUUGGGAUUGCCAAUCCAAGGAAAGCCUGUAGGUAGAAACAUUUGAAAUAACUGCUAAUCCAGGAAAAUAAGAGAAUUAAAAAAAAAAAAAAAUCACAGCCCCAUUUCUGUCAGAUUGGGCUGGAGCUUUACUUACGUUCCAAGUGGCCUCCUAGGAGCCAUGGAACAAAACGGGGAACAGGUUAGCAGGGGGUUCAAAAUACCAGACAUGAAGUCAAGGAGAGUGACUCUUCUUGUUUGCAGGUGAACUGAAUCUAUUUCUUCACCAAAUCUCUAUGUUAAAAUUAAAGGGAAGAAGUGACAUGCAAGGAGGUUUUAGAAGAAAAAUGCAGGCUGAGCAUGAGUCAUGUCAUUAAGCUCCUAAGUGUUUCUACAAUCCACAGAGACACCUGUCUACAGGUCCUUGAAGUUACUCUUAGUAUUUGGUAUCCCAAGCAUCCUUCAUGGUUCCAUGCCACUUUCUCUGCGCUCAGCGGUAUCUUCAUGUGCUUGUUCACCUCUCCUAAGGAGGCCCUGACAACUCUCCAGGUUGCACUGAUUUCCCAAUUCUGUAGAAUCAGUUAAGCUCAUGGCAGGGGAGAGAAAGCAGUCAAGCAGUGAAGAUUCUCUAAAUUACUCUAAUAUUGCAUUUGAAGACCUUGACUCAUUCUUAGUCUAUUUCAAUUAAAAAAAAGUCCCACUGUAAUUAAAACUCUAAAAUUUCUGUUUCAAAUUCUUCAGGCAUUUGGAGUCCCAUUCUGGAGAAUUUCAGGAAUAAAUAAAAUCUUCUGUUGAGAGCAAUGAACAACAUUUUCCUCAGUAUGAAAAAUCACUGUAAAUUUUCAGGUUGCAAAAAUAGAUGAAAAUUGAGAGGAAAUUUUCUUUCCAACUGGUUCUGGUCACUCACCGAGGUGGCAUAUCUGUUGGGACAGGCUUUCUGUCCAUAGAAUGAGAGGUUCCCUUGAUAGGAAAGGUCAGCUGACUCCUCGGGGCUGCCUGCUGUGGUCCCCGGAUUUGGGUUCCCAGAGGCAUCUCCAGGAUGUUUAAAUGCCACCAUCCCUGUUUAUAAACUCAAGAGUGCAGUCGCAAUCCAAAGGAGUGUGAACCUACGUUACCCGCAUAUGGGAAACUUUUGUGGGUCUUCAGGUAGCAGAAAUUGCCCAGAAGUUGGACGGCGACUUUGUUUCCUGGGUCUGAAAUCAUAUCCCGCUGAGAAAUGUGGAGUGGAGCAUAGUAUAUGAAAAACUCCUUUUUCUCACUCCAGAUUCCUUUACUACCCUACUCUCCCUCCUUGCUUGGUAGGACUUUUGUUUUUGAGAGUACCUGGACAGUCUCGUGCUUUCUACAAAAUGGCACUCUGCCUGGGUAUUUAUGAAUGUGUCCCAAAGAGCAACAUGCCGUAUCUUCCUUAUUUAAGUGUGACUGUCUUGAUAUGGUUAGAGUUUAUCCAGGGUCAUUUGCUCAGUAACUUUUUUUUUGGCCCGGGGUUGAAAGGUGCAUGGCUCACAUUGGUGAAAAUAAGGAAGACCUAGUUUUAUCUUUUAGUCCUGGCUGCUUCCCACCAGCCACAAAGAUUUCUAUCUACAAAGACCCAUGAAACACUGCAGAGAGAUGCAGUCAAAAGGAAACGGCCACAUAUCACAAGUUCUAUUAUAUAUUCUUUUGUAAAUACACAUUGUACAUUACUUGGAUGUUUCCCUAAAUCAUUUACUGUCUUUAUGAGUCCAUGUCAGUUUUUUUUUUACUCUCUCAACUUACUAUGUAACAUUGUAAAUAACAUAAUGUCCUUUAUUAUUUAUAUUUAAACAAACACCUAACAUAGAGUUGUUUUCAUAUAAGUUUAAGAUAAAUGUCAAAAAUAUAUGUUUUUUGGUUCUCCUUUGCUUUAAAAUUAUGUAUCUUUUCCUUUUUCUUUUUGUUUUUAAAGAAUAAUUUAUUGUUCAGGAGAAAGAAUGUAUAUGUAAUUGAAACUAUUUGAAGAAUGCACAUUUGAAGGCCGUGAGGUACUGAUAAACUAAAGAAUUUAUUAUCCAACAUACUAAGCAAUAAGCAAUUGUGAUUUAUUUAAAAAGUUUUGUUCAUUUUCCAUGGAAGACAAUACUGCAAUAAAAAUGCUACUCUGUGGA